GUUACAGACUAUAUAUUGGGUGAAGCUCAAAAUGACAACUUCAGCACUGAACGAACACACAAAACCUUUGUUCCAUAUAAAAAGAUACUUUAUUUCUGUAAAGAAGACAUCCACCCUAGAGAGCAAUGGCAGCGAUAGUUACCGGGCUCAUCCCAAUCCUCCGCACUGCAGUGGACUCCACUGCCACAUAUAAAGGUCGCACCAUGUGGUUCGGUUUGCUCUGCAUCCGCCUAGUGACCGUCUUUCUGGCUCAGUUUCCAUGGAAAAGCCUAAAUGAGGAUUUCGACUGUUCCAACAGAAACACCUUCUGCACUAAAGCUUGUUUUAAUAAACACUUUGACAAUUCUGUAGUGAUGGCGUGGCAUUUCCUCUUCAUCCUCCUUGUGCUCUCAGUCCUUCUCAUGGAGCUAUUUUCCUCCCAUCUUCGAUCUUCAUUCCAGAAGAAAAGGGAGAAAGAAAUGGCAUCUCAAAGCGAACAGGGAGCGGUCACUGAUCCCACCACGACUGUUGGUGGUAGGAUGAUGAUAGACCUCCACAAAAGCAAAAGCAGUGUUGCGGUGUACCUGUUCAGCAUCGUGCUGCGGAUUGCAGUGGAACUUUUGUUCGUGUAUGUCUUGUUCUUCUGGGUUCUGCCCAAACUGGAUGAAGAGCCGUUCCCUUGUCAUGCACAAACCUUGGGCAACUGUUCAGUACAGCAUUGUGUGGUCCGAGGGGCAGCAGAAAAGAGAAUGUCUGUCUAUGCUUUGCUGUUUAUGUCUGCCCUGGUUAUUAUAACAAGUGGUCUGUUCUGUCUCUACUCAAUAGGCCAUUAUCUCUGUAGUGGUUAAGAAAAGAUUCCCAUUGAACACAAGCAUAUGGAGUAGCUUUAAUUCAUGUUAAAUGUUUUGUUACGGCUUACAGAUGAAUUUUUAUUCAGUAUGAUAAAAUGUAACUGUUGUUUAAAUGUAACUUUGCAAUAAACCAUGAGCAAAAAUUAGCCAAGGAA